AGUUACUGCACGAUGUCAUAAACUGGGGGGAACAUAUUUUUACAAGUCGUUAUGUCCACGAAAAGUUGUGAAAACAUCUACAGAGUGAGAAUGUGGAAGCCCAGCGGGGGACCGAGACUCCCCCUCGGUUCAGCCGCCGCCGCGGCCACCUGCCUGCUGCUGGCGGGGAUGCUGCUGCUCUCCGGCGGACACCCGGCCGCCGCUCACCCGGGGCAGCCUCCGGCCGCGGGGAAGAAGGGCGCGGAUGUCUUUUCGGCAUACAUUAGGAGACUUGCCCGAGAAAGGAGGGCCGUGAGCGGCCCCCCGCGGAGCAGCCCCCCUCCACGGCCGCUGGAGCGUCUCUCCCAGGCGGACCUGUUCAUAGCGGUGAAGACGACCAGGAGGUUCCACCGGCACAGACUGGAGCUGCUGCUGGACACCUGGAUCUCCAGAAACCUGCAACAGACAUACGUGUUCACUGAUGGCGAGAAUGAGAAGCUGAGGAAAAGGAUGGGAGCUCAUCUGAUCAACACCAACUGCUCAGCGGCACACAAUCGCCAGGCCCUGUCCUGUAAAAUGGCUCUGGAGUACGAUGCUUUUAUAAACUCUGGAAAGAAGUGGUUCUGCCACGUUGAUGAUGAUAACUACCUGAACGUCGGAGCCCUCUUGAAACUCCUGUCUCAGUACAGUCACACGCAGGACGUCUAUAUCGGCCGGCCCAGCCUCGAGCGGCCAAUAGAGGCCACGGAGGCACUCACCACCACCGAAAUGAGGCAGGUUCGUUUCUGGUUCGCCACGGGAGGAGCGGGCUUCUGUCUGAGCCGUGGCCUCGCCCUCAAGAUGAAACCCUGGGCAAGUGACGGCACCUUCAUGGCCACAGCUGAGCACAUCCGCCUGCCUGAUGACUGCACCGUCGGUUACAUAGUGGAGGCGCUGCUUGGCGUCAGCCUCAUCCGCUCGCCGUUGUUCCACUCUCACCUGGAGAAUCUGGGACUGGUGUCAGACAUACACAACCAGGUCACUAUCAGCUACGGCACUGUGGAAAGCAGCAGGAAUACUGUUAAUGUGAAAGGACCCUUCUCGAUAAGUGAGGAUCCCACCAGAUUCAGGUCUGUCCAUUGUCUGCUGUACCCGGACACUCCUUGGUGCCCCAGUGCCUGGCGGCUUCAGCACCCAUCCAGAGACAAAGAGGGAGGGAUGAACUGAUGUAGAGGAGCAUUUUUACAGAGUCCUUUGACCACCCUUGCUCUGACUCUUGAAGAAAGUUGGAGACAAACGGCUGUAAAUGUUUUCCUCACAUCCCUCAGCCAUCUGACUAGAAGAAUGUCUUUAAAAGAUUAAGUACUUUUGUUAUAGCUUGAUGUCUGAACUCUGAACCUGCGAAGUGUUGCUCUGCGUCAAAACACAUCAAAACCACCAAAGGACAAAGAGACUUAAAGGUUGAUGGCUUGGAAGUUAAUAAUAGGUUAAUAAUGGGUUAAUAAUAAUGACAUUUCAGUUAUGACCCAAUGAGCAACUAUUUUAUAUAGGUUUUCAUGCUUUUCCUUCGAGUUUUGCACAUUUCCAGAAUCCCCUCUUCUCUUCCUGUGCUUAGAAAGUCAUCUUUGCAAUAUUUAAUGUACUGCCCUCCGCGCUGUGGUGUUAAUCUGUCAUUUAUUCAGUGCAUGGUGAUAUUGCAGUAAGGAGGGUUCAGUCAUCUGUUGGUUAAUAGCUAACCUGGCCAGCCAUGCACAUUCA